AUGCUCUUCACGCUCCUGCUACCGGUGACGUGGAUCCUGGCUGCUCUCGGGGAUGAUCACUGGACAUAUGAGGGCUCACAUGGUCAAGACCACUGGCCAGCCUCCUUCCCUGAGUGUGGGGGCAAGGCCCAGUCCCCCAUCGAUAUCCAGACAAGCAGUGUGACUUUUGACUCCAAGUUGCCCGCUCUGCAGCCCCACGGAUAUGACCAGCCUGGCACCAAGCCUCUGGAGCUGCACAAUAAUGGCCAUACAGUGCAGCUCUCUCUGCCCCCUACCCUGUAUCUGGAGGGCCUUCCCCGGAAAUACGUAGCUGUCCAGCUCCACCUGCACUGGGGUCAGAAAGGAUCCCUGACGGGGUCAGAGCACCAGAUCAACAGCAAAGCCACAGCGGCAGAGCUCCACAUUGUGCAUUACGAUUCGGAUUCCUACAACAGCUUCGGUGAGGCUGCUAAGAGCACCGAGGGCCUGGCUGUCUUGGGCAUCCUCAUUGAGGUGGGUGACACUGAGAAUCCAGCUUAUGAACACAUUCUGAGUCACUUGCAUGAAAUCAGGUAUAAAGGCCAGGUGACCACAGUGCCUCCCUUCAGCGUGAAAGAGCUGCUCCCCCUCGAGCUGGCCCAGUAUUUCCGCUACAACGGCUCGCUCACCACACCCCCCUGCUACCAAAGUGUGCUCUGGACAGUCUUCAGUCAAAAGGUCCAGAUUUCAAAGGAGCAGCUGGAAAAGCUUCAGGAGACGCUAUUCUCUACGGAGAAGGAGCCCUCUCACCCUCUGGAACAGAACUACCGAGUCCUCCAGCCUCUCAACCAGCGGACGGUCCUUGCUUCUUUCAGCCAAGACGAAUCCUCCUACACCAGAAGUGAAAUGGUGAGCCUAGGACUGGGAAUCUUGGCUGGCAGCGCCGGCCUUCUGCUGGUUAUUUAUUUCAUCGCUAAGAGAACUCGGAAGAAGAGGUCGAGACACGAGAAGAGUGUGGGAUUCACCUCAGCACAAGCCACCGUGGAAUAA